GUUGUGAUGUACACCUGGAAGACCCUUCACUACAACUGUGUUCUGAUCAGAGGCCAAAUAAUUGACAUUUGGAACUUCCACUAAGGUACUAUAAGCUUUCUUGGGGACAUGGCCCCUGUUUUCUUCCUGCAAGAAAAAUUCAGCACACAGCAGAGUCCUUAAUCAAUUGGAUUGCUUUGAGGAUCCUACCUGGAAUAGACUAUGUCCGAGAAUCACAAUGAGCUGGCACACUAACAGUACAACCUCGCCUUUGUUUCCAAACAUCAGCUCGUCCUGGGUGCAUAGCCCCUCAGAUGCUGGGCUGCCCCCAGGCACGGCCACUCACCUUGGCAGCUACAACAUCUCUCGGGCGGCCGGGAAUUUCUCCUCUGCCAAUGACACCACCAGCGACCCGCUGGGAGGCCACACCAUCUGGCAGGUGGUCUUCAUCGCCUUCUUAACGGGAGUCCUGGCCUUGGUGACCAUCAUUGGCAACAUCCUGGUGAUCGUGGCCUUCAAGGUCAACAAGCAGCUGAAGACGGUCAAUAACUACUUCCUCUUAAGUCUGGCCUGUGCCGAUCUGAUUAUUGGGGUCAUUUCCAUGAACCUGUUUACCACCUACAUCAUCAUGAAUCGGUGGGCUUUAGGAAACUUGGCCUGCGACCUCUGGCUCUCCAUUGACUAUGUGGCCAGCAAUGCCUCGGUCAUGAACCUUCUGGUCAUUAGCUUUGACAGGUACUUCUCCAUCACGCGGCCGCUCACGUACCGAGCCAAACGAACGACAAAACGAGCUGGCGUGAUGAUCGGUCUGGCAUGGGUCAUCUCCUUCGUCCUCUGGGCCCCGGCCAUCCUGUUCUGGCAGUACUUUGUCGGGAAGAGGACAGUGCCGCCCGGUGAGUGUUUCAUCCAGUUCCUCAGCGAGCCCACUAUCACGUUCGGGACGGCCAUCGCUGCCUUCUACAUGCCUGUCACCAUCAUGACUAUUUUAUACUGGAGGAUCUAUAAGGAGACUGAGAAACGUACCAAAGAGCUCGCCGGGCUGCAGGCCUCGGGGACAGACGCAGAGGCCGAGAACUUUGUCCACCCCACGGGCAGCUCUCGGAGCUGCAGCAGCUAUGAGCUGCAGCAGCAGAGCCUGAAACGCUCGUCCCGGAGGAAGUACGGCGGCUGCCACUUCUGGUUCGCCACUAAGAGCUGGAAACCCAGCGCCGAGCAGAUGGACCCCGACCACAGCAGCAGCGACAGCUGGAAUAACAACGAUGCAGCCGCCUCCCUGGAGAACUCGGCCUCUUCCGACGAGGAGGACAUCGGCUCCGAGACCCGCGCCAUCUACUCCAUCGUGCUCAAGCUGCCCGGGCACAGCACCAUCCUCAACUCCACCAAGCUACCCUCCUCGGACAACCUGCAGGUGCCCGACGAGGCGCUGGGGGCUGCCGACCCGCAGAGGAAAGCUGGCAAGCUGCAGGCCCAGAAGAGCAUGGACGACGGCGCCGGCUUCCAGAAAAGCUUCUCCAAGCUCCCCAUCCAGCUAGAGUCCGCCGUGGACACAGCCAAGGCGUCGGAGGCCAACUCCUCAGUGGGCAAGACCACGGCCACUCUACCUCUGUCCUUCAAGGAGGCCACUCUGGCCAAGAGGUUUGCUCUGAAGACCCGAAGCCAGAUCACCAAGCGGAAGCGGAUGUCGCUCAUCAAGGAGAAGAAGGCGGCGCAGACGCUCAGUGCCAUCUUGCUGGCCUUCAUCAUCACCUGGACCCCGUACAACAUCAUGGUUCUGGUGAACACCUUUUGUGACAGCUGCAUACCCAAAACCUAUUGGAAUCUGGGCUACUGGCUGUGCUACAUCAACAGCACCGUGAACCCCGUGUGCUAUGCGCUGUGUAACAAAACAUUCCGAACCACUUUCAAGAUGCUGCUGCUCUGCCAGUGUGACCGGCGGCGGCGGCGGAAGCAGCAGUACCAGCAGAGACAGUCCGUCAUCUUCCACAAGCGCGUGCCCGAGCAGGCCUUGUAGGGGGGGCUCGGCCCAGCGCAGCGGCCACAUGCACGCAUCCACCUGCAGACCUCCGGGGGGCGCCGGCCGGCAGUGGGGUGAUUGCCGGGGUGAUCAAAAGGGGUUUGUCUUUUUAUCACCCAGAUAUGAAGGAAGCUGCCUGUUUACUGACCCAGUGAAUAAACCCAUUUUAAUAUAGAAAGACACCAAGUCAGCAAAAAAAAAA